GAGCGAGUGACACGGAACCAGACCACGGCUAUGUCGAUGCUCGUCGGGACAUGCUUGGGCUUCUGCCCGCUGCAUGAGGCCAAGGAGCGCCGGAAGAUGCAAGAGCUCUCCAAGUACGAGCGGCCACCGUACCUGCCCGUGAAGAAGUUCCGCCGGUCGGCUGCGGGCACCGUCAUCAAGCCCCACGACGUGCGUCCCGUCCACGUGCUGGUCGAGACGACCGCGUAUCUCUUGAGCUUGCUGCCGUCGCAGCUCACGCUGCCGCUCGACUUGUACCAUUUCCUCGACGACCGGUUCCGCGCGGUGCGGAGCGACUUGACGCUGCAAGGCGCGUUUGCCCUCGACGUUCUCCAGCCCAUUGCGCGCUUCUACAUCCUCGCCCAGUGCAUCUUGCGCCUCGAGACGCGGUCGGGAUCUGUGCCGUAUGCGUCACUCGAAAAGCUCCUCGAGGACCAGCUCGCAUCGGUGCUGCUCCUUCUUCGCGAGUCGUCGGUCGAGUUCCGGCGCCUCCUCGAGGACCAGCUCGCAUCGGUGCUGCUCCUUCUUCGCGAGUCGUCGGUCGAGUUCCGGCGCCUCUACCUCGUGCUGCACCAAGACGCGCGCGACUUUUGCCGACCUGGCGAUGCCACGUGGCGAUCGACCCUCGCUUUGUGCACGCCGGCGCCGUACUUGAGCGCGCGGCCAUCCUCGCUCGAGACGAAUUUGCUGGCACGUGCCCUGCGCUUUCGCAAGAUCGGAGCCGACGUGCACCAGCAAAUGGUCGUCUUGGCCAAGGCGUACACCAAGCAAGAUCGAUUUCCCGUCGCGGACCUGGCGCGCUUUCUGCGCCUCGACGAUGCGGAGUGCGCUUUGGCCAUAUUGCGCGGCUACGGCGUGGCCGUCACACCCAGUGCCGAAGGCGAGCCCGCUUACUUCCGCUUCAAUGAAGCGCCGCUGCCUGACGCGAUGACGAGUGACGCGAUGACGGCCCUGCUCGCCAGCGAGUUUGCGGCGCUCAAGACCCUUGGCGGAGACGCUACGUUCAGUGCACUGGCGCUUCUUGGACAGCCACUGUAA